AUGUUUGAAGGGAAAGCCGAUCCAAUGGUGGCAGAAGAUUGGUUAAGGUCGGUUGAGGCUAUUUUUGAUCAUAUGGAGUUAGAUGACCGCCAAAGGGUUUCCUGCACAGUUUAUCUACUUAAAAUGGAUGCACGAAUUUGGUGGGACGUGACUAAACACACCCGUGAUCCAAAUACCAUGACUUGGGCGAAGUUUGUCCAGGCAUUCAAUAAGAAGUAUUACAGCCCAGCUGUGCUAGCAACUAAGGUUGAUGAAUUUAUAACUCUGGUACAAGGGAAUCUUUCGGUCACCGACCAUGCACCGAAGUUCGAUCGAUUGGCCAAAUUUUCCCCUGAAGUGGUGCCGACUUAUGCAUUGCGAGUCCAGAGGUUUGUAAGGGGACUCAAACCGAUGAUCGCGAGGGAAGUUAGGAUGACUAGUGCUGAAGUGGUCAGUUAUGCAGAGGUAUUGGAUAGAGCCCUUGAAGCUACAUAUUUGGAGGAACAGAUAUGGAAGGAUAAUGCCGCUAGAAGAGAGAACCACCGCAACAAGAGCUUCCGUGAGAGCAACAAGAGAAAGGCUAACGAAGGGCAGAAUAGUGGGGUUGAUAAAAGACCUAGACCUCCAGCCACGAAUAGCAGCAACCACAACUCCCAGAACCAUAGCAACCGCAACAACCGCUUCAAUGACCGAAACUGUGUGAACUAA